GAGCCACCCCUCACAAUGCAGGGUUCACCCACCCCUCAACAUGCCUAGCCCAAGCAAACCUGCUCAACCUGUUGCCAGGUUUCCAGCUGUGUCACCCCUCCAUUUCUAAUCUUACCUUAGUCAGCGAUCCCAGUGAAUCCUGACGACAGGAAACGCCGCUUGGCUAUUGCCUUAGGUUCCACAUUGCACGAAGGGAGGAAGCGAUAGACGGACUUUGCUAGGCUGCUGUGGGGGAGGAGCCGCGAUGAUGAAGCACCGCCGGAACUCCACGUGGAAAUGCGGAUGGAUGUUUUUUGCAGCAACGGUGCUUUCCGCAUUGACUCUUGCGCAAUGUAUCCCCGUCAAUAGGACGUUCACGACAGACGUGAUAACGCUGAACCAGCUCAAGAGCUCCUUCCAGUCAAGCGUGGGUGCGCUCAGCUCAUGGAAGGGAUGGCACCCGUGCGCCGAGGGGCCCGCCAGGUGGAGAGGCAUCGGCUGCCUCAAAGACCUCAAAAAGCGCGUUGCCUACGUCGACAAAAUCGAUCUGCGAGGGUUGGGGCUGCAGGGGACCAUUCCCAGAGCCAUCGGCAACUUCAAGAACCUCCGAUCCCUCGACCUGUCGAACAACAGUCUGUCGGGCAAGCUGCCCCUCGAGAUGGCCAAGAUGAUGAGCCUCAAGACCCUCAUUCUGGACAACAACCAGUUCACGGGGAACGUCAGGGGGCUCAUCGGCAUCCCCAACCUCAAGAUCCUGUCGCUGGCCAACAACCAGCUGUUCGGGCGGCUGCGCGACGUGCUGCUGGACCUGGUGAUGCUGGAGCACGUGGUGCUCAGCCGCAACAAUUUCAAGGGGGUGCUGCCGCGCAGCAUCCACCUCAGAAACCUCAAAGUCUUCGACCUGUCGCACAACCAGCUGUUCGGCAACCUUCCAUUCGGCCUGCGCCGCUCCAAGCAGCUGCAGAAGCUCGAUCUGAGCUUCAACAACUUCACGGGCGUCAUCCCGCCCAUCUGGGGCUCGCUCAAGAGCCUCCAGGAGCUUGAGCUGCAGAACAACAAGCUGUCGGGGCCGGUGCCUCCUCAGUUCGCCUACCUGCCCAAGCUGAAGGAGCUCUUUUUGAUGAACAACAACUUCUCUGGCAUGCUGGGCCGGGCCUUCUUAACGCAGGGCAUUGUUCUCGGCAUUUCCGGCAACCGCUACUUGUGCACAGACUUUGACAGCAACGGCCGCUGCGAUGCCCGACUGACAACGAGGCCCUGAGGCCAGAGUCUGUGCGGCCAAUAGCGAGACUGGGCUCUGUGUUCUACACAACGGGGUCCAUCGUGCAUCUGUCCAAGACUGUGAGGUUUCAGGGUUUAGAGGAUGAGGCGGUGUGGGGCUGGUGUGUGGGCUGACGGUCUUUCAUGAGGGUGACAGUGCAGGAGUAUGGGGUAGACGGGUUGGCAGUGCAGCAGGGAGAGGCUGGGGACUCCGAGAAAUGAAAUCACAUGGGAUAUGGACAUGUAGGAGGAUCCUACCGUUAGUCAUUAUCAUGCCAUCUCUGGUGCAAGGAUGUUAUGGAUGGCCCGUUGGCUUCAAUGUAUCAGUAGGUUUAUGCAUUUUUGUGGUCCAUUCCAC